UUUAAUAAUAACGUUACAUAUUAAUGGAUCAAUUAAUUCCAGUUAUCAAUAAACUCCAAGAUGUAUUUAAUACACUAGGCACAGACCCAUUGGAUUUACCACAAAUUGUAGUUGUUGGUUCACAAUCAUCAGGUAAAUCGUCAGUAUUAGAAAAUAUAGUAGGUAGAGAUUUUUUACCAAGAGGCUCUGGUAUUGUAACUAGAAGACCUUUAAUUUUACAAUUAACCCAUUUGCCAAUGGCUGAUGAUGGUUCACCAACAUCAGAAUGGGGAGAGUUUUUACAUAGACCAAAUGAUAUGUUUUACGAUUUUUCUGAAAUUAGAGAAGAAAUUAUUCGUGAUACUGAUAGAUUAACAGGUAAAAAUAAAGGUAUUUCAGCACAACCAAUCAAUUUAAAAAUUUAUUCACCACACGUCGUCAAUUUAACAUUGGUAGAUUUACCAGGUAUUACCAAGGUACCAGUUGGAGACCAACCAUCAGAUAUCGAACAACAAAUUAGAAGAAUGAUUAUGGCAUAUAUUAAGAAACAAAAUGCUAUUAUUGUUGCAGUUACACCAGCCAAUACUGAUUUAGCAAAUUCAGAUGCACUUCAAUUAGCCAAAGAAGUUGAUCCAGAAGGUAAAAGAACUAUUGGUGUUAUUACUAAACUUGAUCUUAUGGAUAAGGGUACCGAUGCUAUGGAUGUUUUAACUGGACGUGUUAUUCCAUUAACAUUAGGUUUCAUUGGUGUAAUCAAUCGUUCACAAGAAGAUAUUAUUGCAAAGAAAUCAAUUAGAGAAUCUUUAAAGAGUGAAGUUUUAUUCUUCAAGAACCACCCAAUUUAUAAAACAAUUGCUAAUCGUUCUGGUACUGCUUAUCUCUCCAAGUCACUCAAUAAACUUUUAAUGUUCCAUAUCAGAGAUUGUUUACCAGAUCUCAAAGGUAAGGUCAGCAAGAUGUUAUCUGAGGUUCAAGGUGAAUUAAGUACCUAUGGUGAUCCAUUAUACGAUACCAAGAACAGCCAAGGUGCUCUUCUUCUUCAAAUUAUUACAAUUUUUAGUAGUAAUUUUAAAGAUGCCAUCGAUGGUAAGCUUACCGAUCUUUCAACCAACGAGUUAUAUGGUGGUGCCCGUAUCUCUUAUAUCUUUAAUGAAAUCUAUGCCCAAUGUAUCAAUAAUAUCGAUCCAUUAGAAGGUAUUUCUUUAAAUGACAUCAGAACAACUAUGCGUAAUGCUACAGGUCCACGUGCUGCUCUUUUCAUCCCAGAAAUUUCUUUUGAACUUUUAGUUAAAAAACAAGUUUCACGUCUUGAAGAUCCAAGUACUCAAUGUGUUGAAUAUGUUUAUGAUGAACUUCAAAGAAUUGUAACUCAAUUAGAAGCUAAAGAAUUAUCAAGAUUUAUUAACCUCAAGUCAAGAGUUAUCGAAGUUGUCAAUAAUCUCCUCCAAAAACAUAAAGCUCCAACUAAAAUAAUGAUUGAAAACCUCAUGAAAAUAGAAACUGCCUUUAUCAAUACCUCUCAUCCAGAUUUUGUAGGUGGUGAAGGCAUCUUUGAGUCCUAUUAUAAAAAACAACAACAACUCCAAAAUAACCAAAAUACUUUCUUGGGCCAACCACAAAACAAUAAUCAACAAGGUGGUAGCAAUAGCAAUCAACAAAAUAAUCAGCAACAAAGUGGUGGUAACCAACAAAACCAAGAUUUCAAUAAUCCAUUUUUAAAUAACCAACGUACUGGCGGUAACGGUAUGAAUCCACAACAACAACAACAAAAUAAAGGUCCAAGCAAUCCACAACAACAACCACAAAGUGGUAAAGGUCCAGCUACACCAAGCGGUAUGAGCAGUGGCGCAUCAAACAGAGGUAUGGAUAACCAACAACAAUCUGGAUUCUUAUCCUCAUUCUGGAGAGCUUCACCAGAUCCAUCACAAAAUAACUAUUCUGGUAAUCAACAAAGCGGUAAUCAACAAUCACAACAAAAUAAUCAACAACAACAAAAUAACUUUAAUAAUAAUAGUAAUAGCUUUGGUAAUAGUAAUAGCAAUAAUAGAUAUCAAUCAUCCAAUUCAUAUAAUAACCGUUAUCAAGAUGAUUUCUCACAUGGCAGAAGCGAAAAAUUAAGCCAAGUUCCAAAUGUCAUUAGAACCAAUGAUGAUUUAAAUAACAGAGAGAAAUUCGAAACCGAAUUAAUCCGUGAGCUUUUGGUUAGUUAUUUCAACAUUGUAAAGAAGAAUGUCAAAGAUAGCGUUCCAAAAUCAAUUAUGCAUUUCUUAGUUAACCAAUCAAAAGAACACAUCCAAAAUGAAUUGGUUGCUGCUCUCUACAGAGAAGAGUUAUUUGAUGAAUUAUUAGAAGAAUCCCCACAAAUUUCAUCAAAGAGAAAAUCUUGCAAAGCAAUGAUUGAAGUUUUAAGAAAAGCAAACGAUAUCAUUAAUGAAAUUAGAGAUUUUAAAAAUUAGUUUAAUAUAUAAAAUAAAUAAAUAAAUAAAUAAUAUUAUUUUUUUAAAAGCUUUU